ACGGCAAGGCUGGUGGUAAAGGCGAUGAUGGUGGUGAGGAAGGAGUCACAGCAAAAAUCGUGUCGUGUAAGAUUUACCGUAGUGAAGCGGGUGAGAAGGCGAUGGAGUAUGAGGCGAUGCACGGACCGCAGGUGGAAGGAUUAGAACCAGUGACCGUGGGGAAGUCGAAAUCAUCUUCAUCCUCCUCUUCAUCUUCAAAAGUAGGCAAGAAACUAGGAGGUGAUGAGGCCGCUGACGGGGAUGUUGUAUCUUCCGAUGAAGGUGAUGACGAAAAAGCCAAUAGUGAGGACAGUGAAGAAGCCGAAGAGCAAGGCCCAACACCCGCUCAAGAAGAA